AACACAAAUAUAUCACAUUUCGUACCAAAUUUAGAUUUGUCCAUAGAUGGGUUCCGAUGAAACCAAAUCGACGAUUGACACGGAGAAAACAACCGUUCCAGGAGGAAGCUGCACCACGUCGAAGAGUUGUUGGAUGGUUCAAGUUGUGUUAAGAUUAUUUCUGUUUGCAGCAACUUUGACAUCAAUUGUGGUGAUGGUUACGAGUAAACAGAGCAAAACUAUUCCUAUAUUUCCCUUUCAUACUCAAGCAAAGUUCACACACUCACCGGCUUUUAUAUACUUUGUGGUAGCAUUAUCGGUGGCUUGCUUUUACAGCAUUAUAUCUACACUUGCUACUCUAUCUGCUUUCAAGAAGCCUUCCUCUUGCUCUGCGAUUCUCUUGCUUAAUCUUGCCAUUAUGGAUGCGGUGAUGGUAGGUAUAGUGGCGUCAGCGACCGGAGCAUCAGGUGGAGUAGCGUACAUUGGUCUGAAGGGCAACAAAAACGUACAAUGGAGAAAAAUCUGUGAUCUCUACGAUACGUUUUGCCGUCACGUCGGAGGCGCAAUCGCAGUCUCACUGGUUGCUUCUAUCAUCCUCCUCCUCCUCUCCAUCAUCUCUGUCCUCUCCCUCUACAAGAGAAUCCGUUGAUUCAUUCUCUCUUUCUUUGAAUCUUUCGUAGCCAACGCAUAUUGAUGUCAUUCUUGUUGUUGCUUUGGUGAUCUGUCGAAGUUAAUCUUUGUGUUUUUUAGUUCUAGUCUUGUUUUCUUUGAUUUUGUAUGAUUGUGUGUUUAGUUUAUUUGUAAACCGAUGUUUUUAGUUAAUUUUUGAAUGUUGUUUAUGUUUUGUAUUGAUGAUUUCCUUCAUAGUUAAA